GGCUAGAAUGCGGGAGCUGAGUUCUUAGUUGUGUAUUCCAGAGUAGAGCACACGGCGACGAUGCGCAUAAAAGGCUAUCAUCCGCCAACUCUGAAAUGUAGUACAGACCUCAAGAUUAUCGUUGAUCUCAGAUUGGCUUGCUCGUCAACAUGGUUCGAUCUUUUACUCUCGCAGCAGCGGCAGCCCUGCUGUCUGCCCCGCUAGUCAGCUCUCACUACAUCCUCAACAUUCUCAUGCACAACGGCAAACAAGUCGGCGGUGAAUACACCUACGUCCGAAAGAACUCUAACAGCUACAUGCCGUCUUUCAUGGAGAUUAUUGACACUGAUGAUCUGAGGUGCAACAAGGGUGCUACUAGUGCCGGAACCCAGACCUACAUGGAUGUCAAGGCAGGAGACAAAAUCGGUCUUAAGCUGUUCAACAACGAAUUCAUCGAGCAUCCGGGUCCUGGAUUCUUUUAUAUGUCCAAAGCCCCCGGCAACGUGAGCGACUACGAUGGAUCUGGCGACUGGUUCAAGGUUUGGGAAUCUGGCCCAACCGGAAGCCCUACUAGCACAGGCGGUUGGCCGUUAUACGGCAAAUAUACAAUGGAAUUCACCCUGCCAACGACUCUUGAAGAUGGCGAGUACCUUCUCCGAGGAGAGCACAUCGGUAUCCACGAGAACCAUGUUGGAAAACCACAGCUAUACAUGGAGUGCGCGCAAAUUCGCAUUACUGGAGGCACCGGCACGGCCAAACCAUCUCCACUUGUUAAGAUUCCUGGAAUCUACAGUAAGACAGACCCUGGACUUACCUUUAGCUUCUGGGGCGGCGGAGGCUCUUACGAGAUGCCUGGACCUGCCGUUGCAACAUUCUAGAGGCUUUCAGAGGCACCCAGUGAAUGUGAUAGUUCAAAGAGUUAGGCAUGCGACGAUCGACUUAACCAAUGGUGAAUUGGAAUGUUGCAUGGACCAAGCUGUCAUAUAGUAACUAUCCGCUGUCAGAUAGAAUUCACAUCCUUAAACCUCUGGUCU